AUGACUCAUCUUACUACGACAGAAUCGAGCAUCACCGUGCACCCUUUACCGCUUUCAGAGGGCUCAGCGGUGGACUUUGGCGCACAGCUCUGCAAUGUCGACCUCGAAACCAUCUCCGAGACUGACUUUGACGUGAUUCGCAAUGCCUUGUACACCCACCAGCUGGUGAUUUUCAAGGACCAAGCGCAACUUACACCAAAGGCGCAGUACGAGCUCACUCGCCUCUUUGAUCCAGUUUCGGAAAGCUACGGCCACGGCAAGGCAGUCGGCGCCAAGAGCGUGCUCCACCCCGACCUGAAAACCGUUCCGCAUCAGCCUCAAGUUCAGGUAAUUGGUAAUGGACCUGUUGCCAGCUUUGAAGGUCUUCAAAACAUCACACUCAAACAUCCGCAUCACCGUACUUUCCAUCGCGACACUAUUGCGCUGCAAGAUGACCGUAUGAAGACCAGAUUCUACCGCUGGCAUAUCGAUGCGGCGCUCUACGAUCUAGAGCCACCCAGGGUUACCAGCUUGCUUGCCGUCAAAGUCCCCAAGACGGGGCAUCAGCUGCUUUGCUAUGACGACGGUAGCAACGAUACGCUGACUGUGGCGCGAGGAUCGACAGUAUUUGCCAGCUCGUAUCGUAUGUAUGACUUGCUUAGCGAAGAGGACAAGAAAUUCGUGCGAGAGACCAGAGUGCAGUAUGCACCGCAUCCGUACGUAUGGAUGGCCGAUGCUAAAUCGCGCAGUGACGGGCUGGGUAUGCUGUCCGAAGGACGGGAAAUGCAACGUUCGCAGCUGCCCGAGGUCGACGAAAGCAAGGUGAAGAUCUAUCCCAUGUGCUGGAAGAAUCCAGUGACCGGAAAACUGGCGCUACAGGUGCAUCCGUCCGCUGUUGAGAAGCUUCAUCUUUCGGACGGCACUGUAAUUGAUGACCUUGAAAUGGUCCGAGACAUUGUUCACAAGCUGCAGAGGCCAGGAAUUGCACCGAAAUUCGUAUACGCCGUCGACUGGGAUGAAGGCGACCUCGCCUUGUUCAACAAUCACGGUGUACUGCACUCGGUUACAGGAUCUUUCGAGCCAGACGAGGUUCGGAUCUUCCGACAAUGCAAUCUGGCUGCCAGCGAGCCACCGCUAGAGCCUUGA